CGAAAUUGGCUUUUGGUCCGAUAUGUGCGCAUCCACAACCGACCACCCACACCACCUGCUCUUCCCUAGGCCAACAUUGGCUUACGGUGUAUCAGACGGUGCUUCAGAUCGAAUUUUGCGAUCCAAUGAUUGACCUGCAGACAAUAAUCAUGGUCAGGUCUCAUUGGGCGCGAUAACGUGCUUCAGCCAGGAAAUCACACUCAUGACCAUCCUCUUACUUUUUUCCCUCAUCAUAUCAGGUUUUUUCACUAAGCUCAUAGGCAUCCGACUCCAGCCGCAGCAAGCCUGUGACCCUGGUCUAGUCUUGCAACUCUCCGAGCAAACGAGCGUGCCGACGGUGGAGUCGCCUGGUUCGUGGCAAGCCGUUCGUGCAGCCCACGGUUAUCUGCUGUGUUACCCUCCCAACCAGCUAACUCAGGACGCCACCCCUCCUUCGGACCUUCGACAGAUGCUCCAGAAGACCUCGUUGUGCCAAUCAAGUUCCUGGCUAGUGGUGGUGGCCUUCUCGGAGUGGGGGAUGCAGACCGUUUAACUUUCCAAUGGACCGUCAAUGGCUUUCUGGAUGGGUGCC